AAAUGAUCACCGGUCCUCCUUUCCGACAAACCCCGUUUGUGUGGAAAGAUCCGGUGAUGAAAACACUCAUAGAGUCUCCGAGGACAGUCUUUGCUAACCAGCAAAUUGGAUGUCAACAUGACGUGUCAUCAUGACGUGUCGCAUUCGCUUGACCACAUAUAUUCCUACCUUGACUAGACUCUUAAAUGUGGUGGAGUUGUCAUCAUCCCAACCGAUGUCGGCUACGCACUCUUGACCAGCACACAGGCGGGAAUUCAGCGGAUUUUCUCAGCCAAAGAUCGUCGAGAGGGGCACAAUAUUGGCAUUAUCGGGACAUACAAACAGCACCGAGAGAUCCAUUUGCUUUCCGAGGCCAAGUUUGAGAUGACAAGGGUCUUGACAGAAGAUAUGGCGAUGAUUGUCGGGAUCAUUGCCAAAUACGAUACCGAAACCCUUCACCCGCGCCUGGCAGUUCUCGAUUCCGCUACGCUAUCCCACGUCACGAAGGGCGAUACGAUCAGUAUCGCAGUUCCCGAAGGUCCGUUUCUGAGGGGACUCGGUCGCCUUUGCGAUGAGGACUCGGACGGCAUGUUGACAUUCGGAACUUCGGCCAAUCUGACCGGCCAGGGGCAACAAUUCCGGAUUGAAGAUAUUGAUCCGAGAGUGAUUGACGCGGUGGACUUGGUGGUGGAUUAUGGUCUGCAGAAAUGGCAUGCGUACAGGCGCGGCGGUGUGAACUUCGAUGCCGAGAACAUGAAGGUGCUGCGAAAGGGAGCUGGAUACGAAGUAUUUCGCGACCGAAUGCUUAGAUGGUUUCCUCACUUACUAGCGGAGGCAGGUGUAAGCAUUGAGGAAGACCCAGAUUACAAGACUAGCGAGCCUGGAAUGCCUGCUACCUAAAUCAAAGUCUUUCGCACAUUGACCUUGCGUGUAAAGAUUCCUCCGCUCUUGUUUAAGUUCGUAUAGCUAUCGACAGCUUCUCAAGGUACUAUCCGAUUGCAGCGUAAAGCAUGUUGUCUACUAGGCAAGCUGUAGCAUGAUAUAACAGUACUGUUACCAACAAUGGAGCUGGCAGUGGGAUAAACAAAUAACCAAUAAGUUUAUUAAAAUCAAUUAUACAAAAAGAAACAAGCAAGUGAUGGAGCUUUUGG